AUGGCUGUUGGGCAGGGCGUAGAUGUUUCCAAGAAGCUCAAGGCUGCGAUAAAAGCGAAAUUGGAGGAGCUGGGUGUCUAUGUUGAUGAUGAGCUUCCCGAAUAUAUAAUGGUCAUGAUAGCGAACAAGAAGGAGAAAAAUCAAAUGAAGGACGAUCUUAAUUUAUUUUUGGGAAAAUGCACGAAUAAAUUCGUGGAUUGGAAAGCGCCAAGGAGAAAGAUCGCAGAAAGGAUGUGGAAUCUGUCUCACAUGUGGGCACUUCGAAGCGAGACGACCGAAGAGGUAGCAUCCUCUGUGAUUGCGCAGCGUGCGCUUGCUGCCAGUCCUGAACCAGUGAAGGUCUCAUCGCAGGUGCACGUCAUGCGUAAAGUCAAAACGGCUACC